AUGGCGCGGGAGCCCGUCGAGGGCGGGCGGGCAGGGGCAGACGGGCAGUGGCGCCGCCAGAUCUCGACGGAGCUCGAGCACGCGCCGCCCGGGGCAAGCCGGGGCCCCGGGGCCGCGCCCGCCUGGCGCGGCGGCGGCAGCGGCGGCGGCAGCGGGCCCGCUGCCGAGUGGCCUCAGUUCUCGAAUGUGGACCUGCACGAGGAGGAGCGGCGUCACGCGCACGCGGCGUGGCGGGUCAGCGGGGCGUUCUACCAGUGGUGGUUCGCGGCGCAGGCCUGGGUGCUGGCCAUCUCGGUCGGCGUGUGCUCGUCGCUGACCGGCACGCUCAUCGAGAUUGUGGUCAAUCGCCUGGCGUCCUUCCGCUUCGGCUUCUGCGUGGCCCAGCCCACGAUGUCGGUCCACCAUUGCCCGGAGGACGGCUGGCGCGACUGGGGCCACGGCCUAGGUGGCUUCUGCACCAAUGUGGGCCUCGGGGUGCUCAUGGCCGGCAUGUCUGCAUGGCUGGUCUUCGCCUUCGCGCCUGCGGCGGCCGGGUCGGGCAUUCCAGAAGUCAAGACGAUCCUCAACGGUUUUGUCAUGCCCGACGUCGUGUCCCUCCGAACCCUUUGCGUCAAGGUGCCUGGCCUAGCGCUGUCGGUCGCCGCAGGCAUGUCCCUCGGGAAGGAGGGCCCUCUGGUGCACGUGGCGGUCUGCUGGGCGGAGUUCCUGUCCCGGUUCUGCCCGCAGUUCCAGAACGAGGGCAAGCGGAGGGAGUUGUUCUCCGCGGCGGCGGCCGCGGGAGUCUCGACCGCGUUCGGCGCGCCGGUCGGAGGUGUGCUCUUCAGUCUGGAGGAGGUCAGCUCCUUCUUCCCCACGCGCACUCUGCUGCGUGCGUUCACGGCGGCCGUGUCGGCUGCGUUUACGCUCUCCGUGAUCAAUGCCGGCAUGUCUAAAGGCGUGACCAUGUUCAGUGUCGAGCAUUCACAGGCCUGCAACCCCCUGGAGUAUAUCGGCUUCGCUCUGAUCGGUGUCCUCGGAGGCCUGGUCGGAGCGGCCUUCAACUCCCUGAACACGCGCUGGUCGGAGAUCCGCCUGCGGCCCGGCUUCCGCAAGAGGGUUCCUGCCAUCUUCGAGGUCGUGUUGAUCGCGUUGGUGACUCUGGUGACCUCGUGGCCCUCCGAGUUUACCCGUCCCCUAAGCGCGGAUGCCAUACACGCCAUGUUCGAGAGUUGUGGACCGAACGUGAGCCAGAGCACGGUGGCGUCGCGCCUUGCGAUGGGGCUCUGCGAGGAGGACGGGGCGUUCGCCCCGCUGAGCUGGCCGCUGGUGCGGGCGCUGGCGGCGGCUUGCGCGGUCCGCUUUUGCCAGAUGACCAUCACGUUCGGCACGGCCUGCCCCGCGGGUCUUUUCGUGCCCUCGCUCUUCAUCGGCGCCUGCCUUGGCCGGCUUGUUGGCGUGGUGGCCUAUGCGCUCAACCAGUCCCUCGGGCUCUUUCCCCAGGCGGUGCAGCCGGGCGUGUACUCGAUGGUAGGCGCCGCCGCUGUCUUGGGAGGUGUAUGCCGAGUGACAAUCUCACUGGUCGUCAUCAUGUUCGAGCUCACUGGCAGCAGUUGUUACAUCGUUCCCUUCAUGCUCUCCGUGCUCAUCGCGAAGCUUGUCGGAGACAUGCUGAACGAGGGCAUCUACGAUCUGUACAUUGUCCUCAAGGGGUACCCCUUCCUCAAGGAGGAGCUGGACGUGACGUUCACCGAGCGGUGCUGCGACAUCAUGGAGGCGAACCUGACGAAGCUGGACCUCAGCUGCGGACUCUGUGUGGGAGACCUGCGGUCGAUGUUGGAGAUCCACCCGUUUCGCGGCUUCCCUGUUGUCGACGGCCGCCAUUUCGUCGGUUUCGUCAAGAGACAUUCUUUGGAGUCUCUUCUCGUCGGGACGGGGCUGGACGCGGGGCACAGGGCGGACGACGACCCAGUGGCGCGCGCAGAGCUGGAGGCCGAGGUGGACCGGCACGUGCUCCGGAUGGUGCCCGACGCGCCGCUGUCGGAGGUGCACAAGGUGUUCAAGCAGCUGGGCAAUAAGUACGUCUUCCUGGUGGGCCCGUGCGGCUGGGGGUCGGGGUCCUACGACGCGCUGGUCGGCAUGAUCUCCAAGAAGAGGUUCAUCCGCUUCCUGGAGUCGGGUGCCGUCGGGCACAUGGCGGACCCGAGCGGCGCGGGCGGCAUCAGGUCCUCCGCCGGUCUCGGCGCCAGGGCGGUCGUGGCCCUGCUGUCCCGGAUGCGGGGCCGACUGCAGACGGCGGCGAGGCCGGGGAGCUGCAGGCGGGGGCCUUGGCCGAGUCCCUGCGGUCGUGGCCAGACCAGGGCGGCUGAAGCGCUGUGCGGGGGCGUGCGGGCCAGUCGGCUUCUGGCCGGUGGCACGCGGCCGCGUCAAAACGUGGUCCCCUUCGGGGGCCCAGAGCUU